UUUCGUAAUCAUCCAUUUGCCUUCUUAGGGCGACUGCUCGGAGAUUUCACCAGCUGCCACAAGCAAACCCACCCAAAAAACAAAAAAAGCGAUUUUGCACAAAUAUCACAAUGAACAAGGACGCAUAUCACCCUUCCACUGUCGGUGCUGCUGGUUUCAGCGCUCCUAGACCUGCUACCAUGAUUUAUUUGUGUGCUGAUUGUGGUGCUCACAACUCCAUCCAAGCCAAGGAGGUCAUUCGUUGCCGUGAAUGUGGUCACCGUGUGAUGUACAAGAUGCGUACGAAACGUAUGGUUCAAUUCGAGGCUCGUUAAGCAACGAUACCUUCAGGAAGAGCUUCCUCGAAACAAAAGAUAACACAAAACAAAUUGGACUGGGUUGAAACGAUGGACAAGAGAGUUAGGGAUAGUUGGGGAAGGUUGUAAAGCUG